AUGGGAUACAAUAUGAACUGGGAUUUCAUCUGGGUGCUGCCUCUCACGUUGUCCUGCUGCUCCUUGGUGCACAGCUUGGGCAACACUCCUGCAAGUGAAUCAUUGAAUUCCUUGGUUCAAGAUUUUGCUUUCAGAUCACUGGUCAAGCACAGGCCUCAAACAGGUGCUCUGUAUGAUGCUCUUCUUCCAAGGAACCUGUCUGGUAUGGAUAUUUCAAUAGUACGUCUUAGAAGCAGAAGGCUCUGGAACAAAGGUGCCAACUUUAGCUACUUUCGGAUCCCACCAAGAACCGUGUCCAUUCCCCAUGUCAAGAGGUUGGCUAUUGUGUACCAAAACCUGGGCAACUGGUCAACCCUCUACUACAAUUUGCCAGGUUACUCACUCAUCUCUUCUGUUGUUGGUUUUCUGGUUUUCGAUGCCUCAAAUGUAACGGAUACAAGUGAAAGAAACCUCACUCUCAACACAAUGGGUCAGCCUAUUUCUAUUCAAUUUCCUAACAUCACACUUAUGGGUAGGGGUCACAUCAACUCAAGGGUGAGAUGUGUAGCUUUCAAUGCCAAUGGUACAUUUCAACUUACUCAGAUGAGUGCCCCUGGAGUGUGUUACUCAAGAGACCAGGGUCACUUUUCGGUAGUACUCCCACUGGAGAAGAAGAGGGGAAGAUGGUAUCUGUGGGUGAUUGGCUUUGUAGUUGGAUUUUUUAGUUUGAUUAUAGUUGGCUAUGCGGGGUUUUCUUCCAUGAGACUUCUCAAGACCAAGAGGAUUCAAGCAAUGGAAAAACAAGCCAAUGAGGAUCAGGUUCUUCAAAGUAGAUGGGUUGGCAAUAGUAAAAUGCCCUCAGCAGCAGUGACAAGAACUCAGCCAGUUCUUGAGUGCGGCGUUCUUUAG